CCAAUGGUACAUUAGCUCGGAGGUUCCGGCUAGCCGAUAUACGCUUCUUCGCCCGCAGCGGUACCACUCCAGUGGAAGCAGUGCUGGGCCUGUCGCUUGCAACGCCUGUAUAGAAGGUCCGCACGCGUCGACACGCCACGAUUGCUAACUGGAGGAUGGGUCUGCUGCCGUUGCUUCGACACUGGAAGAGGGUCCUCAUGGUUGCCAUUCCAAUCUUGCUGCUCCCUCUGCUGUCCUUGGAAGAUCAGAUGAAAUCUCACUGCGCCUACGUAGUCGGUGUCGUGGGACUGUACUGGAUCGUAGAGCCUAUCCCACUGGGAGCCACGUCCCUCAUCCCCAUCGUACUGCUCCCCAUGCUCGGAGUACUCACAACGGAGAGAACCUGCCAGUUGUACAUCAAUGACACAAACAUAAUGUUUGUAGGCACAUUGAUAAUGGCCAUCGCUAUUGAGCACUCGAACUUACACCAAAGAAUCGCCCUCAAGACACUCUGUCUGCUAGGAACCGGCUUAAAGACGUUGGUAUUCGGCGUCAUGUUCAUCUCGAUGUUCUUAUCAAUCUGGAUCAACAACGUGGCCAUCGCCGCCAUGAUGAUGCCCGUGGUAGACUCACUGUUGCAGGGCCUGCUGCAGGAGGGGCGAAACGACCCUCAUAAACAAGACGAAGACGCAGAGGAUACACUAGGUACAUACUACAACGUCUCACAUUUUUUGUAA